CACAGCGAGCCACAGCCUUCCAGAAGCCAUCCUCUUCCCAAAGUUAAAGUAAAAUAAAGCUUUCGUUAGCAAUUUUUAGUAACUUUUAACCCAACCGUUUAAUUUCCCCUGCAUUUUAUCCAUCCGAAGAAUUUCUGGUAUGUUUCUCAUCUUGAGCACCGACGUGUAAUGUUUCACUGGCAGCGGCCGCAGAACGUCGCCACAGAUUUAGUUACACAUUGUCCCCGUUGCCAGGAGACGCCCGGGCGACCCCCGCCGCCGCACUGACACCGACUUCGGGAGUCCCAGGCUCCGCACCGUCGUCUCCACAGAUGUCAGGGACAGGAUUGGAUACAAGAUGCUGCAUUACUGCCUCGCUCACAUCGCCUACCAUUUCAGCAGACAGCUACCUAAGCGCAAUAGAGCCAAAUUCCAAAUCCUGUUGGUACUGCUUGUGACCAUCUUCCUUUCCCCGCAGCUGUUUGUGCUUGUUCGACCAAGGUCAUCAAGAUAUUGUGACCAGCCCCUUCUCCACAACCUAACCACAUUCAUUAUCUUCACUUUUCUCAUGACAGGAUUCACGUUCCUGUUGACCUUGAUGGACCCUAUGCCUUGUGAGUUGAAAGCGGCUUUUCAUACAUUUGGAGUUGGAUCAUUUCUACAGGGUGUCUUAACCACUGCAUUCACCAUUGCUGCACCUCAGUGUGUAAACACAACUCCUGAGCUGUACUACCUGUCCCUAGUGCUGUCUGUGCUGAGUAUGCUCGCAACAGUGUUCAUCGUUCCCCUGAUCCCAUUCUGGCUGCUCAACAAUUUCUACCCAGGGAUGCUUCUAAAUCCAGGAUCACGAGCUGGAAUUUGCCACAGGCCAGUUGCUGAUUGCUCAUGUUUGUGGUACGUUUAACAGAAGGCACUCAAAAAAAGAAGAGUCCCACACAGGCAUGAAUAAUGCAUUUGGUUGCCGUGCAACAGAAGCUUCUGGAACAUUCCGCUUCAGGAGUUCACACUAUUCCAGUGGAAGCAACCCAAGCUGAGUUAGUCGAAAGACUUUGAACGGAUUGCCUGUCUGUAUUUGCUUUUGAAGGUUAAGUGGUCUGCAACAGAACAGCUACAUUUGUGGAAUUGUUGGUCCCAUAUCUGCUACGUUACGGAAUCGGGGCCAUUUCAAAUCAGUUUAAAAGUACUGCAGCGGUCAACAUGAAAGUUGCUGGUGCUCACUCAUGGGAAAUGGAACAGGCCUUUUAUUCAUUGAUUAAAUUUUAAGCACAACAGCCGUUUAACCCUGGGAGGACUGAUGUUACGAGAGGUGACGUUUUCACUUUAUGUGGUCUCUCAGGUGUAGGAGAGAACCACAAGUCCCACCUGCCUUCUUGGGACAGAAAGAGUCCCUAAACCCAGCAAGGCACCUGCAUUUACAUAGCGCCUUUCAUGCCCUCAGCACAUCCUAAAGCAUUAUCUGACCAACGAAGCCUGUGCUUAUGGAGUCAUAGAAUCACGCAACAUGGAAGCAGGCCAUUCGGCCCACCAUGUCCAUGCCAACCAGUGGGCACCCACCCGUAUCAAUCCCACCUUCCAGCACUCGGCCCAGAGCCUUCAAUGUCUGGGCAAUUCAACUGCUUGUCUAGACACUUCUUAAACGCUGUCAGUGCCUCUGCUUCCACCGCUGUCUCUGGUCAUACGCUCCAGGUACUCGCCACUCUCCGGGUGAGAGAGGUCCCCCUCAGAUCCCCGCUAAAUCUCUUCCCCCUUAUCCUACACUUGUGUUGUUUACCUCUGAUACGGAGAUAUGUUUCCUGCAGUCUACCCUAUCUACACUCCUCAGUUUUAUUUACCUCAGUCACGUUCCCUCUUAACCUCCCGCUCCAGGAAAACAGGCCCAGCCUCUCCUCAUAGGUGAAACUUCUGGUCUUGGCUGCCAGGACAGCCUCUGUGAACUCGAACUCAUCUAAAGCUCCCCAACUCACACCAGAGUUCAAAACAGGGGUUUGGCUCAGCACAGCUCGACAGACCUGACCCAACCUGUGUGUGUGUGUGUGUCUCUCUCUCUCUCUCUCCUCCAUUCUUUUUUUCUCUCCUCCUUUUUCUCUCCAUUUUUAUUUUUACGUUUCACCUUCCAUCCCUCCCCUUUUCCCUUCUCCUCCUCCCUCUUUCUUUCACUCUCACUGCCUUUCUACAUCUCUGAUACUCUGACCGCACGUCUCUAACCUGAUCCAACCUGAAAGGUUUGAAAUCCUGAACAUCCACGCUGAACCUGAGGCGUUUGGGUUGGGUCAGUUCGCACUGAUCCAUUCACCACCCAUCAUCUCUCUGCUCACUGACUUGGCUCCCCGAAUAAACAACAUCUCAAUUUUCAAUUUCUUACGUUUAUUUUCAACUCUUCCCAUGGGCUCCUUGCCAACUUCUCUCUAAGUCUGUUGCCCUCCAGCUCUUUAGCACACUGAAGUAUCUCUGCACCUCCAAUUCUGACCUCUAUACCAUCCCUGUAUUUAAUCUUGCCAUCAUUGACUGCCAUCCAGUCAGCUCCCAAGGCCAAAAGCUCUGAAAUUCCCUAAACGUCUCCACCUCCCUACCCCUCCUCCCUCAUACAGAACCCUCCUUUAAAGCUACCUCUGUGAUUAAACUUUUGUUCACCUUCCUUAAAGACUAGGGCACAUUUUACUGGACUAUGCUCUUGUGACAUGACAAAGGACAUUGUCCGAUAUUAAAGGCUCCUUAUAAUCAGAAGUUAUUGUAGUCAGUGUUGAAACAGAAGCACAAACUCAUGAUGGACCCAUCUCCCAAUGGGGCAAUACAGAGUCAUAGAGUCAUACAGCACGGAAACAGGCCCUUCAGCCCAACUGGUCCAUGCCGAGAAAGGCGCCCAUAUAUGGGGCAGUAUAGCUUGGUACCACUCAUUGAAAAUUAUUCAGACCUGAACUCUGAAUUCCGUUAUCGUCAUCUCUCUCUUUCUCUUCGAAGACUUGAACUUAAAAUCUAGCUCUUUAACCAAGCAUUUGGUUACAUGACCUGAAAUAUCCCUCUGUGGCUGAGAGUUAGUUUGUCUGAUUACUCCAAAGCACUCUGGGACACUUUGCGAUGUGAAAGCCAUAUCUAGAAAUGUAAGACUGUGAAUCCUGUAGAAUUUGGAACCUAUCAGUAGAAUCAAUCCUAAGUGUCAAAUAUCUAUAACCAUCUGAACCCUUCACCCUCAGAUCUCUGCCCCUGUUGGUUCUGCAUUCAACCAGUCAAGUGGAGAGCUUUCCACUACAUUCCUGACCUGUGUCCGAUGAUAACUGAUGUAAUGCUCAUUUUUUUUUAUAUGCAACCAUCCUUCUGGAGGAAUGACAUUGGUAGAAGUUGCUGUAGUUUCUGCUUACUCUGCUCUUUCAGCGGAUUGUUUUCUGAGUAAAUUGACCUUGUUGUACAAUAAACAGAUUGUCGUGAGCCACAUAUCCUGAUCCAUUUCCAACUCACUGGCUGUCAGAGUUGUCAAUAAAUCCACUAU